AUUUCCUUUUCAUUGUUUGUAGGGGUGAUGUACAGUGAACUUGAGAAUUGGAACAUUGUUGUUGUAGAUAUUGAUAAGUAGAUAAUUGACAGGAGUGGCAGCAUGCGUCAAAAAGCUGUUCAAACUCAGGAUUUAAAAUUCUUCUUUGAUCUACAACCUUUCGUGUAUAGUUCAGUCCAGUUUUGAGGCACAAGAAAAGAGAUAACAUUGAGAACGAAAACUGAUUAAAGGGAGACUGCGAAUACUUACAAAUUGUUACCCUUCCCUGUUCGCUCAUUAAGGUCAUGUAGCAGCUGCUCGGAUGAGAAGUCAGCAACUGACCCCAAACUAUACUGAAACAAUUGAAAGAAUGACAUGUCAUUGUUUUCUGCGACCAAUCAGGAGAGACCUUUACGAGCAGCCCUACACAACUGGCUUGUUAUAGCGAGUAUUGUUUUAUAAGACACAGGUAACCCUUCUUCUAAGGUAGCCUGUUCUAGGCUCUCAGAUUGUGGGGAUGACGCAUACACCUAAGUGAAAGGUAGGCGAAUAGGGGUUUUGGUGGUAGUGUGCUAGUCCAGCAACAGAUUUCUCAGCCAUCUACCUUAAAGAGUGGAUUAACAUUGACAAUAGCAAGGGGUGGUUUGCAAAGAGUACGGAUGGCGUUUCGCUAGAAUUAUCUUGAUUCUGCAUUAGUCACUGGAAAUGCAGAAGGGUGAACGUGGGGCCAUGUCAGCCUGAGAAAACAGCCCACAUUUCGAGACGCCACCACUGGUUUCCCCCCGCGAGAAGACGCCUGAGAAAUGACUGCAGAAAGUGUCACUACCCAGAUUUGGGUAGUGAUUCUGAUUGGUCGAACCGCGAGGGAAAUUUUCUUCAGCCAAUCAGAAGCACUACCCAGAUCUGUCAUCAGUAUGGAAUUUCUGCAAUCGUUUCUCAGACGUUAUUUCAAUCACAGGGAAACUGGUGGUGACGUCCCGAAUGUCAGGAAUUUGCUCAGGUUAGGGCCAUGUAUGGUAUUUACUUGUUGAGCUUAAAAAUAUUUCAUUUACAUUUCUUUGCCUGACGAAGGAAUUAUUUUUGAUUUUAUGUUUUUUUUUUUGGUAUCGGUAGGAAACAAUUAAAACUUGAAGUCUGCAGAAUCGACAGAUCUUGACAGUGUGAUGCAUUGGCAUGGUUCACUAACUCAGCGACCACUACGCUUCGCAGUUGAUAUGCUCGUGCCCUAGGUCAGGUAAGAAAAAAAAGACACACACACUCGUAUUGUUUGUGACCAGUACAAUUUUAAGAAGCAAAUCAAUGCAUUUCUGAGCAAAUGGUGCCUUUGUACUGCAGCAGAAAAGUGGAACAAGAGCAAGCCAGUUUCAUUUGAGACAUAGUAUAAUGUAUAUCAUGAAAUAUUAAAUGAGUGUGGCGUACCAAGGCUCAAUGUCUAAACUUGUACUGAGGUUCCAGUUUGUCAGGGCAUACAUUAAUAUUUACACCUGUCCACUAGAGAGGAUCACAUUAUACGUUUACGAUCUCGUCGACCCUAUGAUGGUUAAGGGUGAACGGGGCUACAAACGAAAACCUUUUGAGAGCUUUUUCAAUGUAAGUGAUAUUUGAUACCAUAAGUCACCCAUACGUUUUCCUUGACAGGCACUAAUGCAAGUGGCUGUACAGGAUUGGUCUUUGCAGCGUUAACCGCCUAUGAAUUAUAAAGAGUCAAUACAGCUAUUGAAAUGGAUCCUAUUAUAAAUGCACUGUAAAUAUCAGUAUUUAUUAAAUAAAAGACGCUGACGCCAAGUUGAACACAAUACUCUCCUUUGCCAAUUACGAUUAAAGCCUCGUAAAAUUUCAUUUGGGAAUCAGCAUCUUGUAGAACGCUGAGUUAAAUCUCAAAUUUUUCAUGGCAUUUACUCUCAGCAAGUGUGUGAUCACAUUCCAAUAGUUUAACUUAUUUUUUUUUUACACUGCUGUUCGUGUGUUCAAAGUAAUAAACUGCGGAUAAGUAAAUUUUAGAAUGCAAUUAGGACUCGUUGUGAUUUGCACUUACUAUGGAAAGUUUUAAGUUCUACCACUUUUGUCAACAUUAAUAUGGAUCUUGAUCUGAACUGCAGUUCUUUUUCUUUUUCUGGUAUUAGCAUGGGCAUAAAAGUAUUUUCUACUAAAGUGUACAAACGGAAACGUUUCAAGGGUUCUUUUUAACUUCACUAUGAAUGAAAACGUUUAGGGGACGAAAAGGAGGGGAGGAACCCGUUGACAAUUUUUCGUUUUUCCCGGGGGGUACUCCCCGUAGUGGCCUAUACGGAGAGGUUCCGCCCGUAAGAGGUACCUUCUUCUUUCAAAAACGGCAUAUAAAAGGGUAAGGGGUUGGACCUCGGGAUUGAGCCUCCCUGUAUCCAACUUUAUUGAGUCCCCCCUCCCCUCCCCCAGGGGAUACCUCCUUGAAACCUUUCAACUUUGAUAGGUAUUCCCUAUCAGUCCUUAAAGCCUUUGCGGCACGGAUCAAAGUGAGCUAUAAUUUAUUUGCCUUGCGUUAAAGAGUAACGCUUUACUCGAAACAGUACCAAGCUAGGUCCAGCUAGUUGGCCUGAAAAAAACGUUUUAAAUACUUUUUUAAAACUCUACGGUAUCGGUCUUCUUUGCUGUAUCCCCGGUACAUUUGAAACCAAGAUGGCUACCUGCUACAGAAUGUUCUUGAUCCCGAUGAUUUUACGGAAAAAUAGAGGACUGUGAACAGUAUAGCGGGCCUCCUGCCAGCAAGCACACUCUGCCCGCAUCUCCAGCCCCACAGGUACUCGUCGGUUUAAUACCACGGUCUACCAGAAAUAUGAAAUAUAUUUUAAAAAAAUAAUAAAUGCAAACAUAAACGAUAAACUUAAACAAAACAAAGUGAAAUUAAAGCUCAUAGCGACAACCAAUCAUUUUAUAAAUGCUAACCUGAAUGGAAAACUAAAAGUUGCUAUUGUUAAUGCACUAGGCACUUCUGCAUGUAUGAUUCUUUAUUUGUAGCUUGUCAACGGAAACAACAAUAAAUAUAAUAGAAUAAUCUAUUGAUAAGAUAAUUUCCUGCCUUUCAAUUUUAGUCAGGCUAGCAAGAAAUGUUUUCGCGGCGUAACGAUUCCAGACGUAGGAAUAACGACUCGAUCAGAUCGAAGCGCUGUAAACAGGUACACCUGUAGUAUUUAUGCGUUCCGCUUAAAGGGUUUCCUUUCCUAAAUAAUGUUCUAUUAUGUUAAAAGUCAUAAAAAGUUUAAAAUACCUGAUAAAUGAAUUAUUGUGUUAUUGCGGCUUUGCAUUAAGACCUUCUAUCGUGUAUUGUAAACAGUCAUGACAGAAAAUAGGCAUAUAUCGUCGAUCGGCUGUGCUGAUAAAUCGCUUAAAUCACAACAUAUUUUUAUGUUUUUUAUUUUUUGGGGGCAUUCCCUUAGUUGGUCUGAAAAAGUAUGUUGUUUAGAAGAUGUGGGGAUUUUGCACAGAGCUUGGAUGAAAAUAUGCACUUUUGAGCCCUUUCCCGUCUACGGCAAAGUGGGUGUAAAUCAAAAAAAUAUUUAGUAGAUAUGAGUUGUUUGUUUAAAAGACCAAAUUUGUGUGUUUUACAUCAUUUAAGGACCAAUUUAAUCCUAGGAAGUGUAAAGUGAAAAACUUUGAAGUGGCGAACUCGACAGUAUGCGCAAUUUUUACUCUUUGUCACUGCAAAGAUUUGGCCAAUGGGCGCUCGCGUUUUCGAGUGAACGGGCUAAAUCGAUUCGAAUACGCUACGUUAAAAAAAAAAAUCAGUUCUCAAAAAUAUCCGGAUACUUGUGGACGGGAUCUAAACCUAAUGCUUUUCGACGUUUUCAUUGGACCCAACUCAUAGGCGACACUGAGUGCUAACUAAAACUAGCACUCAUAACCAAAGAAUUCAGUAUGGUUGACUUGUUGUUUGAUUUUCUUUUUUAUUGCUGUAUCUUUUUUGGGAUGUUGUAGUUAGUCUAUUAAUAGAUCGCAAUCGAAAAAGGCCACCAACGACAGUCAUCCGAUAAAAAUCUAAACGGAAAAAAAAAACCUUUCUUAAGAGCAAUCAAGUCUGUUCGUUGUAUUAAGGCUAAUGAACUCCAGAAAUUAUGGCACGUUAACCUAACAAUAGUUGUAGGAACAGCCGUGGCCGGCGAAAAUUACGCUUGGGUUACCUUAGUGUAGAAUGACAUACUUUAGUAGUUUUGAUCAAGAUUGUUUUUUUUUUUUCUGCAUAUCAGUGAAGUUAAAGAAAAACUGAGCCGUUACUGUCAUCUUUGAGUAUAAUGGUCGACAGAACAACAACAAAAAGAAUAUCGGCUUCUUCGCAAUUCCCUGUGGACUGCUGUUAAAAGUUUGAUGGGUGGGGGGUCGUUUUGGCUCCAGACGUCUGCUCGAUAUUACGCUAGAAAAGCUUAGGUGCAGCUUCUCAGGCUAAAACUAUCGAGGCUUACCAAGGGCUCUUCGAUUUGGAAGCUUACCAAGAGUUCUACCAUUUGGAGGUAAGAGAACAUAUCUUUAACUCAAACGUAACUCAAUGUGCAUAACUUACGCUUUCGCAGUGGAGGGAAGCACUUCAGCGUCACGUUAAAGGUCAACAAAUGCGAAGCCACUAAGCGCAAACAAGAAGUGAGCUCCAUCUUUCGUAUUUACGCCUUCAAUGUUAGCAAUCAAUAGCUUAGAUAAGAAAUAGUUUAAAAUCUUUUAAACUUUUAGGGCUGCAGUUGCUUACUAAUUGGUGAUUUAGCUUGAUACGAUGAGCGUACACUGAAACAACACUAGUUCCAAGACUUCCAACUAUAGCACUGCAAAGGUCCUAUAUUGAGUUUAUGUCAUAAAUUUAAAUGGCCAACAGUUGGGCACGCCACGAUCGAAUUCAUUAGUUUCUUGGUGUUUCAGUGAGUGCAAACAGUCACUUUAUCAUUCAAAAUAUGUGUGAAAAACGUAUUCAAAAUCUGGGUCCUUGGAAUGAGUUAGCACUUGUUAGGCUGAGCAGACAUUCUUGAAGAUCUUUAUUGAUAGAUUAAAGCAAACAAUCGCAUGCACACGUGCAAGUUUACCAUGCAAUAACAAAAAAUACAUGUUUUCUUACAAGCAUUAAACUAAAUAAAGUUAAAAAGGCAUCUAUUUACAAAACAACGCUUGAAGAGCUCCGAGGAAUGCGUGGUAGUGUGUAAUCAUGGCGACAUUUAUGUGGCGCAGACUUACUUCGCACAUAUUAUUUCUUCCCUGCUGACGUUAUGAACAUGCGUAGUAAAUUGCUGCGCGAGAACUUCCAACCAUGUAUUGUUUGCAUUGGAGUAGCCCGGGCGGGGGAGGGAGGGGGUACUGAAGGAAAUGUCAUACGGGGAAGUUCCGCUACGAGAUCCAAUCACUUACCCUUUUUAUAAACUAACCAUUAUUUUUUUACAGAAAAUGUACUUUCUACUGACAAAUGGUACCCCUCUCACAUAACUAGUUUAAAACACUGCUUCCCUUUUAACUGCUGUAAAUUCACCGUCUACAAAGGGAAAUUUCUCCAAUUUAAUUGGCUUAGAGCAGUGGUAUUUCAGCUUAAUUUGAAAUACCUACAUGUGAAAAUUACAAACCUUUUGCAGGUAGUAGUAUAAACAAAUAAUAGCAUGAUUUGUACGUGAUAUUUGUCAUAAAUAGCACUCGUGAUAUUUCAAAGUUGUCUCACAUUUCACUCGCCUAACGGCUCGUGAAAUUACGUAUAACAAUUUCGAAAAAUCUAUCACUCGUGGUAUUAAUGCCAAAUAUCACUACAAAUCAUGCUAUUACCUAUACAAACCAGGAAGUUUUCUCGUCUCUUAAUUUCACAUCCAUAAAAUCCGUUUUUGAGCCCUUUUUGGUCCUUUCACAGACCGAAAUGUCUUAGUUCCCUCCCUUUCAUAAACUUCACAACCAAUGAAAUCCCAACCACUUCCUAUACCUGAAGCCCGAGAAAAAGUAUAGCUUUCUUAAAAGGUUCUUAUUUUUCAGAGGUUGUCAUAGUGUAACCAUUGGCAGAAAUAUUGUACUACUAAUACAUAAUGGCAAACAUUCAAGGUCCAAGGAGAAUAUCAAUACAUUUCUAUGUUUUUUAAAUGAGAUAUUAAGAUUUUAAAUCGUCUAUAUUGCACGGUAGCUUUAUGGAAAACAUACUUCUAGUGAUCCAAACAAAUGUAAAUCAAAGAAAACGUAUACACAAUAACCUUUUGUCAAAAGUUUCUCACACAAUUAAGAUCGACAAUUUUCACCUUCAAAAUUGGAGUGAUUGUUUUGUAUAAGAACCUAUUUUUCUUUGCCAGGCUUCACUGGUUCUUAUAUUUUUGGGUAUUUAAAUGCCAAAUUUCAGCCUCUGCGUUCUUAAAUCACUAGAUUCUUAUACGCGGGUUUUUACUGUAUUUUAACAUCUUUAAAACAUCAACGAUUACCUUGUUGACACUCCUUAUAGGCCAGUUCCGAGAAUUACUAAAAUUGAUAAUUAGUUCCAAGGCUGAGGGGUACAAUAAAUACUAUUUAUUAACCGAGUGUGAGAUCAUUACAGGGAAAUCUCAGACCAGUCAGAUGUAUUGAUCCGUGCGAUAGCGACGGACAAGGUUAAUAAGUUAUUUAUUAUAAUAGCCUUUUAUUAUGGACCUGAGCCUGCGAUCAAUGAAAACCAACGACUGGCUAGCGGAUAACUACCAAAAACACGUCACCUCAAUGAGUUGUACACUUGAGUCCGCAAUACAGUCAGGUGCCACUUGUGAGCGGAUGCUCUUUUUAACAGCUGUCAAUUGACCAUAACAUGGAUGUCCAUCGGGAUGUCCACUAUAAAAUUCUCGUGACAACAAUUUAUAAUUCAAAGACAGCAUUAAUAUUGGAACUAUAUCAUGAAAAAGUUUUAAAGUUUUAAUUAGUCUCUUGUAUCACUGAAUUGUUCUCUACUCAGGUCUGGAAAUGCAACGGGCUCGUGGUUUGCUCCCACUCUUAAGUAAGUUAUGAACAAUUGCAAUUGAUGUAGUGUAGGUGAAAUACUCGAAGUCGUUUUUUUGUUUUUUUUUUGUUUGUUUGUUUCUUCGUCAAAUUUACUCAUAACUGAAUGUACGGGUUUAUAACUUGCACUAAAAGGGUCUAUGUCACGAGGAUGUUGCUGUCAGUUUUGGUCAAUUAUGUGCUUACUGCAAAAUUUAGCCAAAAGCAAAUUUUGACCAAAUUUCCAAAUUUCCUUUUCUGAAAUUCUAAAAAAGAAAUAGCAUUCUGUGAAAGUACAGGCAGAGAGCUUUCAUUUGGGUGGCCACAACAUAGGAUUUUGUCCGCAGACUCAAAAGUUACAUUCACCUUACAAAACUCCAUCAAGCACUCUGGCAGUGAAAGGGUUAAGUCACAAAUAUUCUCCAUUAGAGACAUAACGAAGAUAUCAAGCAAAUCUCAGCAGGCAGCAUUACCCAUCACAAUUUUUUGGGUGAUUUUUGCAGGCAUAGCGUUAAAAAAAAAAAAAAAAAAAAAACUUCAAAAAGUUGGGCCAACAUUGUCUUAAUCCGUGUUCAUCCUUGCCAUCCUUUGUUACAGACGAAAGGAAACGGUUUCAAUGCUUAAAAAUAGUAUAAAAUAACAAAGCUAGACCAUUCUAUUGAUGCGAGUUCAGGUAGAAGCAUUUAAAAGAUAGCAAAUAGCAUGACAAACACCUUUUAAAUACAUAAUUCUCACUGUUGUUGUUGUUGUUGUUUUUUUAAUACAAACAGUAUCAGAAAUUAUGUUUAUUGUCUUUUAAUUAACAGUUACAUGUACCUGGGUGUUGAUGCUUGUAUCUUCAACAGUGGUGUCGCAACAAUCAGGUACGUUAUUUUCAGAUGAUCUCAUCGAGAUACAACGAACAUUACAGUCGAACUUUCACGUGUGUCUGUCUCUUGUAAGCGACAUUAUCGUCUAAGCGACCGUGUAUCCGAACUACCAAAAUUUUCUCAGUUAGAGCCCUGUUCUUGGAACCGCUCGAAAACGAACACCUCUUAUAAGCGACCGCGACCACCUUUUGCCUUCAUGGUUUAAUACGUUUCCGUUUUUUUGAACCCCCUGUAAGCGACCACUUGACGCGCGACCACUCAAUGUUCGCUGUACAUACCACACCACUUAGAGUAGUUUAACAUGGAACAACACGUAUACGUAACUUGAAAAUUGCAUUCAGUUAACGAUAACUUUCUGCUCUGCCAAAAAGAGGUUGUAAAAACAUGCCCCCUGUGAUUUAUUACUCGUUUACUGGAGGUCAAGAAGUUUAACUGCAUCUUUACCAGGCGGAGUUAUAAUCCGUGCCCAAUUUCUUUCUACAAGAGGAUAAUCUGUAUCUAGAAUAAUUUGGCUCAGUAUUACAACAAAUAAAGCUAAUUCUCGUCGAACUGAUUUGGCUGAUUUGUUCUGGUGUUAUUUCUUCAGGCAGCCGAGACAUAUUUUGUGUCAUCUGACUCCGAAAGAAGACAAUGCAAGGAGGGUUCUCAAUGCAUUUUGUCGAAAAAUUGAGAGAAUUGUAAACUUUUAGAAAACAAGUAGUCCCCAUUUCAACACACGCGCGCUCGCGUUUCGCUCGCUCUACUGUUCCUGAGGAAAAAUGGGGACUACUCGUAGUCUAGUAAACUUUUGAAGGAUAAAAUUUAUGGGGACGAGGUAUGGAUGUGAACAUAUGAAUUGCUCACGGCACCGGACGAAUUUCCGACCGGUUGAAUAUCACCAUCGUGCGUUUAGGAGAUCCGUUAACAGAACCGUUCAAAAAUUUGAACGCCAAAACCGAUCAGAUAAGGCCGUCUAAAUUUUUGUACAGACAAAAUUGACCAUUCCUGUGUCAACGCCAUACGCGUCUAAAUGUUUGUUAGGCAAGCGCGUGGUUGAAACAUUCAAGCUGCUUCGUCGGUUCCAUGUGCCAAAAGCAGAAAUACUGAAAUAGGGUCACCAAAUAACGUAAACUACGUCAUUGCUUCUGAUCAGAUGUAGGACGCCUUUUUUAAGUAUAUGCGUUUAAAAGUUACUUAGUUGAUAGUAAGUUUUCUGUUCGCAGGUUAUAUCACUGGCGAAAAUCUUCAUGGUCUCAGUGGAUUCUUUUCAAGUCCAAAUUUUCCAAAUAGCUUUCCACUGUACAGCAGAUGUGUCUGGAAUAUCACAGUUCCCAGCGGAUACAUCAUUAAACUCAGCUUCCUCAGCUUUCGACUGGGACUAACUCGGUACAGUCAAUGUUAUUUCUUCUAUGAUCCAGAAGCCCGUGUUACAGUCACAAAUGUUGCUUCAGAUGAUGGUUAUCAACCGUUCAUGCUGUGCGGUCAGCAACUUCCAUAUCCAGUGUACUCAAUGGGGAAUUCAAUACAAGUUAUAUUCACGUCUCUGAGCAGUCAAUACCCAGGGUUUAAUGCAACUUACACGGCUAUCACUUAUAGUUCAGGUACGUGGUAUACAUUAUUUUUUUAAAAUAUCAAUGAUUGAGUUAAGAUUAAAAAAAAAAAUGACCACCAACAACUGGCCCUAUAAAAAGUAAUCCAAGAAAGUCUUGGAUUCUGGAUGUCAGUGACACUUAGAUUCUGGAUUCUAAUCAUAAGUAGGAUAUUGGAUUCCUUGAGUAGAAUCACAUAUUCCAAAUCCCAGGAUUCCACAUUUCACAAGCAAAUUGUGAAAAAAGGGUACGAAAACAUUUUAAUUUCCGUGCUAAUGAUCUACACACUAGGGCUUAAGAAAAACGAUUCAGUGCUAUUUAAUGAAAUUAGGAUGUGGAGAUGUUAUUUCCGAAAGUGGUAUACAUCACAUUUUGGUAUGAACUACGAACUUGGGGUAAUAAACAUUUUAACAAGGAGGUCUUAUUAUGCGCCACUGAUUUUAUAGCACGAUUGUCAUUUCUAUUAGACCUGUAGGAGUAAAUUGUUUUGGACAACUUAACUUUUCUGCGUAGGUUUCAAGCAUAAAAACCGGAAUUCCAAAACAUGAUGUUUACAUUUCCUUAUAAGUUAACAGCACAUCGUAAAUGUCCAGAAAAUAUAGCCUCUGACUAAACUAUUAAAGAACGAUUUAUCACUAAAGGCAUAGAAAAGUCUCAAAAUGUACACUGCAUCUUUAUUUUUCACAUUUCUUGUUCCGUAAGGUAUUAUUUAUGUUUAAUUUUGAAAGUGUGCACGAGUCACCGCUAGUUCUUAAUUAAAUUAUCUGUGAGGAAUUUUAUAAGCAAACGUCAACAUCACCAUGUACAAACGCUUAAAAAAGACCUGAAAUCAGGUACCCAGCCCCAGAAAAAGCCGAUUAACAAUGUUUUUUUUUCUCGUAACGAUGUAUGAUUUUAGCAUUUACACCAAUUACAUUUUGGUGACACAGCGUGGUGACUCAAUAUUUCAUGUCACCAUGCGUACACUACAUCAAUAUCACUGAAAUCGAAACUCUCAUCACGCAUUUUCUCGUUUUUAACCAAUUUUUCGCCUAAGAGAUUUUAAAACAACAGGAAACCCAUUUUAGGGAAGUACGCUGACUGACAUUAAUACAAAUAAUUCCAGAACCUCCUGUGAUUAUUUCUACCGGUUGUCGUUUAUAUUUUUACCUGACAUGAUUUCUUACACUUGAUACGAGAUAUAAUAAACAAUCUUGCUUAGAAACUGCACAUUGGCAGCAAAUUUUAAGCUACAGCUAGAAUUGGAUAUGUGAUUGUUGUCUGUUAAUGGAGGAUGUAUCUAAUUUCGCUAGCAAUUGGCUUAAAUUGAAAUCAUCACCAUCAGAAUCGGUUACGUAUUCAUACUCAGCUUCAUCAGCAUUUUUGUCAUAGUCACCACUGUCAUCUUCUUCAUAGUUGUCAUCUUUGGGAAUUUUUUCGCAACGUUCGCCCAUGUCCGAAAAGCCACAGAGAUCCAUGUAAUUCAUGUUAGCCUUACUGCACUGGCAGCGCUUGGUGGUACACCUUUCCUUGACACAUUUGCACUUCACGAGAUGAAUUAUGGCCUCAGGUGCAGUGAGUAUUGUUGUCAUGACGGGAAUCCACGCAUUGUCGUCGUCUUUCCAUUCCCAGCCGAAGUCCUUCGUUGUGGAUAAGGCUGGAUUGGGGUUCGUGUUACUGUUCCAUACUAGUUAUUGAUAGUCGGCAGAUCGUAUCUAUCAAAUAUAAGGGGGAACUCAUCACUGUCGUAAUACUUUUCAAAAAUUCGGUAUGCAAAGUGGUCUGGGACGUCAAAGCAGCCUCUUAAGGACUUUGGCUUAUCUAGGGAUUGUACCUUGCCAUUGCAUCGAUGAUAGAGACUCUUGUUCUUUCUGCCUGACUUGCAUUAUCUUGAAUAGCAGCUGCAAUCUGUAUUGGCCGGAAGCUUCUCUAGAAUGGACAAAAGUGCACUUUUGGCCGGGCAUUAUAGCAUUUCUCCGUCUGGAGCGAACAUAGAUAUCGGUACCACUGUAAAUUCGUUCGUUCCAACAGCUUCUUGGAUGUCGAUCUCAGGUCGGCUUUUGCAUAUCACCAUCAUGUGCACAAACAAAUUUCAGUCUUCUUGUAACUCCACUAUUUGACCGGCACUAGCCUGCGUAGCUGGCAGGAUUUUUUUGCCCUGGGUACUUUUUUGGUGGCGGGGCCGCCACGCGAGUCGAGGAAGCCGCGAGGGAAAAUUCCGAAAUUGACUUGAAUACCCACUCUUCUCGCGGCUCCGCCGCCAAAACAAUAGCACUUCCACGCUAAUCCCGCCAGCUACGCAGGCUAGACCGGCACUAGAAACCUUUAUCUUCUUCCCCAUGGUCUUCCAUGUCUGGAGCUUUCUUUUGUUCAUCGGAGACCAAAGAUUGAUGUUUCCUGACUUGUUGCGAUCUUUCACUAAGGUCUCAAACAGUUUCUGGCCAAUCUCACUCUUUUCCAAAAGAUCCUUCUUGACCUUGCUUGGCAUUACAACCUUUGUCACGACAUGGAAAAGACCGUUGUUCCGCUCUAUGAAGGGAUUCGUGAAAUUAUGAAUUGUGGUUAUUACUUGUUCUAUGUUUUUCUCUUCGCGAGAAACCACAGGAGUUGACAAGGUGUAAUGAUGAGUACCUUCUUUUGCCAGAGUGGUCUCCGCCACUUUUUUCGCAUCCCGGGCUAAUCAAGCAAGCUCAGGAGCGAUGAGAAAAAAAUUAGUACGGGCUUUUGGAUUCAGGGUGACACCAACUAGCCCCCCUGAGACUUUCAGUUAGCAAUUUAUUUCCUCUAAAGCAUGGUCUGCACCCAAAGCACAAAAUGGCACACGCAGAUUCUUGUUAACGACCCAAUUACCUUCGAGGAAUUCUUCAUAUUUCUCAGGGUCUGUUACUUGUAGCAUCUGUAUUCAGCAAGGUACAGUGGAAUCAUUCUGGCGUUGUUAUAUAGGACGGUCAUGAGUAAAAAAGGUCUUUGUGAACGACUGCAGUGAUGUAAGAUGCAGCUGCUAGUGCCCUGUUCUGACCGCUCUAAUGAACUGGAGUAUCUCCAUUAUCAUUCUCAUUUAAUAUCCGAACACCUGGAAUUCUGGAAUCUGGCUAUUUUCUUCCUCAAAGGUCUUCAUUUUCCCGAUCACAUCUUGGGACUUUGUGGCCUCUUCCAUUCUUGCACUAGCUAAUUGGACCUCUUCCUUGGGGCCCGCAUCACAAGCACUUCCCAGCUGCCUUACGCAUUCCUCGAGUUGCUCCACCUUCUGUGGAUCUUGUUAAGUUAUUAAGCUCUCUGGUAUACUGGGUAAAUAGGACCUGCAAGAUGAUCAUAAGAGCUUCCUCUCCUCUCUUCGCGUGAUUUCCAUCAAGGAUUUGCCUCAUCGUUUUGGCGCCAUACAGCUCAGACGAUCGAUUCCACUAUUCUCAAUGAACGAACCGAGUGUUCCAAGUUGUGCCCUGACAACGUGUAGCUCACCAGGACAAAGAAUCAUAAAACUGAGGUCGUUCCGAGGCAUCUGAAGCUUCUUGGCUGGCUGGUACUCGUCUUCUAUUUUAUGUCGGGAAAUAACUUAACAAGGCAAAAAGCUUCUUUAGCCAUAUUUUUCAUGACCAUUCCUGAAGGCUUGAUACGGACAAACACAAUAGAUUUUUUAAGAACUGAAAAUAUGCUAAUAUUCUGGAUGGGCUUCCUGUGACUUUUUAAAAGCUCUAAUUUUGUUACUCGAAUAGGAAAAAUUUGUGAUAUUCCUAAAUCAUCUUGUUAAAGAAAAUAUUUUCGUUUUCAUAAUCCCUGCAACCAACGAGGUAAUUUUUUAAAAAAAUUAUCUCGAUUUUGCAGGCAUUAUCAACUUUCAAUCAACUACUCGGAGCCUCGUUUUCAAGUCCCAGUGGUCACGUGACCAGAAAUUGAUACAUUUAGUCAUACACUAUUGCAUAAUUAACACAUCCUGAUAAUCCUCAGCCUCGUUUCCACGCAUGGCGUUUGACAUCGUUUCGUUUUUAAAAAAUGCCCUGUGAAAAGCCUCCGUGGGGUUUGCAAAAGUGGCAACGUCAUUUUUCUCCUUCUUUAAGGUCCCCGGAACACAGCUAGCCUAGUUGCUUGCUUUCUUCACGAAACGCCCACGGAACCGGACAUCUUAACAUAUGCUAUCGGACUAUAUCUUAGUAUUUCAUUAAAGCUGAUAAACUAAGCCGUUUUCAGAUGGAUUCUGGGAUAUUGAGACGACAGUAAAGAAGUCCCCUUGAAAAUAUUAAGAGGGGAAGGGAAAGAUCUGCUUUACCAAGAUAUUAAGGCGUUAAAAAGAAAAAAUGUUUGAAUAUUUUUCAAAAAUACUCCAAGAGAUAUAUAUGUUAUUCACCGGCUGGGAGGUUCGACCGACCUAAGCCCGUGAAUAACAUUUUUAUAUUUUUCCUACCUAGAUUGCUUGGAACUCCUGUCGUACAAAAGUUUCAGGAAAAUCUUCCUUCACUCUCCAACCCAUGUGUGUUGAAGUAGGAGGCGUCAUGUUGAUGAAGCGCGCGAUCGAUCGCAAACCAAGCAGAUGACCCAACACUUUUUAGUAAUUACAGGCCAAUAUCAAUUCUUCCAGCCUUUUCUAAACUCUUUGAAAAAGUCAUGUACAACCGACUGAUUAAUUUUUUAAAUUUGCAUAAUAUCUUAUACUCGAAACAAUUUGGAUCCCGUAAUAAUCAUUCGACUGCAUUAGCAUUAAUUGACUUGAUCAACAACAUAUCUUCAGCUAUCGACAGAAAUGAAACAACUUUAGGCAUCUUGUUAGAUCUUUCUAAGGCGUUUGAUACUAUUAAUCAUGAAAUAUUGUGUCAAAAACUUCAACACUAUGGUAUUCGGGAUACUGCUUUGGCGUGGAUCAAAAGCUAUCUUGAUGAUCGGACACAAUUUGUCCAGUUUGGAUCCCAUCGAUCUUAUUUUAUGUGGCGUCCCGCAGGGCUCAACUCUUGGACCUCUUUCGUUUAUUAUUUACAUUAAUGAUCUUCCUAAUGUCUCUAAUCUCACUCAAUCCUUACUGUUUGCUGAUGACACAAGUAUCUUUUGUUCCCAUAAAGAUGCCAACCACCUCGUUUCUAUUGUUAACAAUGAACUUGCAAAAAUAAUUAUUUGGCUUAAAGUGAAUAUGUUAUCUCUAAAUUUGACUAAAACAAAUUUUAUGAUUUUUCAUCCAAGGCAAAAGAAAGUCAAUGUUAAUGUCCCUCUUAGUCUGGAAAAUACUGUGAUCAAGCAAGUCACGGAGACAAAAUUUUUAGGUGUUCUUAUUGAUCAGCAUCUCUCUUGGAAACCACAUAUUGAUUUCGUCUCAAAAAAAAAUUUGAAAAGUGUGGGAAUUAUUGCGAAAGCCCGCUUUUACCUAUCAUCCCAAACUUUGAUGACCUUGUAUUACUCCCUUGUAUAUCCUUUCUAAACAUACUGUAAUGUCGCCUGGUCCUCCACCUACUGUUCCAACCUAAACUGUUUUUACCUUUUGCAAAGCGUCUAGUGCGGCUCAUAACAAAAGCUCACUAUCUAGCAAAUACCGCCCCUUUAUUUGGCCAGCUUAAAGUCCUUGACAUAUUUAGUAUUAAUUCAUUUUCUGUCGCUACCUUUAUGUAUUCUUAUCACCAUAAUCUUUUGCCUAGUAGCUUUGAUGACUUGUUCUUAAGUAGUAAUCAAGUUCAUCAAUAUGAAACUCGACUAGCCUGUCAGUAUAGACCUCAUUUUUGUAGAACAAAUAAUAUAUAGAUUUAGCCAGGGCUAAAAGCGAAGCUCCAAUUAAUAAAUUUAUAAUUUAAAUCAAAAAAUAAACUUUUAAUCCACAAAUCAUGUAACUUAAGGGCACAUUCAUGUGACUUUUGAGGGAAAGGCUAAGUUAUUUUAGAGUGAAACAUCUUACAUCGAAUUGAUAACCUUAUAUGAACACCCAAAAAAUAGCAAAUAUCUUCGAUCACAUUCAAGAUCACAGUAGAUUAGGCCUUGAAAACAAAUUCUUGGAAAACAAAUCACGCCGAAUUUUUUUGCGUUCGACAGGUUUACUUUACAAAUUCUUGCCAAAAAAUCUGGGGGUGUUUAAACCAAUCUUCUAUAAUUUUUAUACAUCACAUUUGAGGUGAAACAGUACUAUUUAUCAUACAGGCCUCGGGCAGAAUGCAGUAUUUCACAAUUUUUCAAGACAAAUUACACUCAGUCAAUAUUCAGGACGAUCAAUCGUAACGCGAAACCAUUCAAAAAUUUCCAAAAUCACCCAUAUGGCCAGCCGGUUCUCGUUUCUAUAGUGCGAGCUGUCAGUGUGGUCGAGUGUUUGAAUGAACUUUAAUAGAGUUAAGCUUCAACAUAAUAGCUAAUUUAUUAUUAUUAUUUUUUGUUAUUUAAUGGUUUCAGUUCUAACGAUGUGUAAUCUUAUAAAGCGUUUGAUACGCGCGACAUUUAUGAGCACUCCUGCAAGCGAUGUUCAUGAACGAUGAAACCAAACGGCACAGACAAGCGAUUAAAAUUGCAAGAGAGACUACUAACAAUCAAAAAAAGAAAUAUAAUUCGGUGAAACAUUUACAGAGAUAACAAUUUUCAUUCAUGAAGACAAGUAUUAAAGUGUCUCUAAAAAUCCUGAGUCUCGGCGUAAAGCUUUAUAAGCCGGCUUCCCGGCGCGGGUGUUUACUGUUUUCCAAGGUGAACUCCUCGAAGCAAGAAAAUCGCUCAAAGUUUUCUUUCUACAGCCAAAUUUAUAACAAAUUUAUUAAAUUAAAGAAUUAUCGCCUGACAGCCGAUCUGUCGCUUAAUUUUCUGAUCUUGUUCACUCUGCACUCAGCCAUGAAUUUAGUUCACUAGGUAGUUGAAGGAAGCCUAUUGAUAUAAGCUUCAAGCUUCGUUAGGCUUCCUUGUCACAUUAAUUUUAUAAUUUAAUUAACAACUUCUAUUCAUAUUGUAUAAGGUUUUGUGAGUGACUAAAUAAAUAAAUAAAUAAAAUAAAAUAAAAUAACCAAAACAAAACAUUACAACAUGAUUUUUGGCUCGGUAAUUUAUAUUAUGGCACUUACUGCUUUCUUUUAGAAUAAAGAAAGGUUUUUGUGUCUUGCUAAACAAUUCAUAAUCUGAGUGUUAAACAAGGAUAAAGGAAAACUGCACAAAGGCUUUGUAAAAAGAGCUAAUUAUACAUACCAAUUUGAAGGUUUUGAAUUGAAUUCGAAUAAAAGAAGGCGGCGAUCGAUGUGAGUAACAAUGGGCUAUCGCAUUUAAUAUCCGUACCCCCCAGCUGAUUGGCUAAAAUUGCAUUCACCCCUGAAGACUUCCAUAAAAUAUGGGUUUACCCCUGAAGAACUGGGUUAUAUCCCUGAAGAAUAUGGGUUUACCCCUGAAGAAUUUUGUGAAAAUGAAGGCUUCACCCCAAAAGAAUUCCAUAUUUUUUUACUCUACCCCUAAAGAAACCCUCAAUUUGUAUAACGUACCUCUGGACAACUCCAUGGUUCCUCAACCUGGAGCGGAAGGGGGGGUUGAUAUUAAAUGCAAUAGCCCAAUGCAAGUUAUAAAUAAAGAAAUGAAAACGGCGAUUACCGACUGCUGGAAAAAUGAUUCGUGUUGUUUAUUGAAGAUUGAAGGCUAAAUGCAAUCAUUGAAAACAACUUUUUCUGAUAAGUAGAAAACUAGCGAGGCAAAAAUUCAAUAAAAAACGGCAGAAUCUAGAUUCUUACAAUAAAAAUGGAAAACAAAACUUCAAACAGAAGAAAACUGUCCAAUAAACGCACAGGCAGCCCGAACUCUGUGGAGUUCGUUGGACUUUGAAUUUACAAGAGAAUGUAUGAAAAUAAACAAAAUACGUCCUAAAUCCCAAUUUUGGACAAAAAUAGAAAUAAAAAUGACUUACCUUGUGUUUGUGUUUUGUUAUUUACUGUCUCUUCACCUCUAGAGCCAUUUGGAAGCCGUUUUAUCGACGUUUAAGGUUUGAGUUGUACUAACAGUAACAAAAAUGGGAAGGCUGGGGACUCUGAAGCCGACCGUUCCAGCUCAAAGCUCCAUAAAUCCGAUAAAAUUGGUCCAAACUAGCCAAAAUUACCGUCAAAGGAUCUGUCGCUAAUUUGUCUUUCCCUUCUAUGCUUCUCAUGGGAGUCUCAGAUUUUAUCAUAACCGCUAGCGAAAAGCUUGAUUUUAAACUUUUUCCAUCAGAGCUUUCUUUCUCGGGAUACGUAUGACCGGGCUCUUGGACGUGACGUAAUUAACGGUCGCUCAAAGCUCACAGCGACAAUUUGCCUCCUCCGGGGGCGGGCACAGUGCAUCGCUAGUGUCAUCGUGAAAAUGACGGUUUUUGCUCAUUGACAAACGGGUUAGCGGGCAAGAUCGUAAAAUACCGCCCGCUCUCGGAACCAAUCAGAUUGUAAGAUUUGGAGGAUUCCUCCCGCUCACAAGCUCGGAAAAAAAUAACUGUGUAAUGUUUUUUUACAGUCUGUCCAAAUACGACAACUUUGAAUGAAAUUUCAGGAGUCAUCACCAGUCCUUUCUAUCCCAGACAUUAUUCUACUAACCAAAGCUGCAGCUGGGAAAUCAGGGCAAGAAAGGGAAAACGAAUUAUAUUCAUUAUUGAAGACAUGGAUUUUUCUUGGUGGUGCAGUAGAGUAUGGUAUGAACGCCAACAAAAAGAUUUCUUAAAAUUCAUUUCCAUAUUCGCAUAUAAUAUUAUGGUUUUAUUUCUCGUUCAUUCGGAACCAAUCGGUCAAUAUAUUCAUAAUAUAUAGAUUUAGCCAGGGCUAAAAGCGAAGCUCCCAUUAAUAAAUUUAUAUUUUAAAUCAAACAAUGAACUUGUAAUCCACAAAUCAGUUAACUUAAGGGCUCAUUCAUGUGACUUUUGAGGGAAAGGAUAAGUUAUUUUAGAGUGAAAGAUCUUACAUCGAGUUGAAAGCCUAAAUAUAUGUACACCCAAAAAAUGGCAAACAUCUAUCACAUUCAAGAGCCAUAAUGGCUCUUGAUCACGGUAGAUUAGGCCUCGAAAACAAAUUGUUGGAAAACAAAUCAGGCCGCAUUUUUUUUUGCGUUCGACAGGUUUACUUUACAAAUCCUUGCCAACAAAUCUGAGGGUGUGUAAACCAACCUUUUAUACUUUUUAUACAUCACAUCUGAGGUGAAACAGUACUUUUUAUCAUACAGACCUCGGACAGAAUACGGCAUUUCACAAUUUUUCAAUGUCCAGGACGAUCAAUCGUGGGCUUUUAGCGAAACCGUUCAAAAAAUUGCCAAAAUCACCCAUACGUCCAGCCGGUUCUCAUUUUUAGUGCGAGCUGUCAGUGUGGUCGAGUGUUUGAAUGAACUUUAAUGGAGAUACGUCUCAACAUAAUAACGAAUUUAUUAUCAUUACUUUUUGUUAUUUAAUGGUUCCAGCUAUAACGAUGUGUAAUCUUAUAAAGCGUUUGAUACGUGGGACAUUUCUAUGUACUCCUGCAAGCGAUGUUCAUGAACGAUGAAAACAAACACCACGGACAAGCGAUUAAAAUUGCAAGAGAGACUACUAACAAUCAAUAAAAGAAAUAUAAUUCGGUAAAACAUUUACAGAGACAACAAUUUUCAUUCACGAAGACAAGUAUUAAAGUGUCUCUAAAAAUCCUGAGUCUUUAAGCUUUAAUAAAGCUUAAGCUUAAGUUUAUUUUGUUUCACUUUCAGCCGGCCUCCCGGUGUUUGUUUUUUUUUCAAAGAUGAACUCCUCGAAGCAAGAAAAUCACUCAAAGUUUUCUUUCUACAGCCAAAUUUAUAACUAAAUAUUCUUCGGAACGUUUGUUUUCUAUUUGCCGUGAAAAAAAAAAUCUGAAGGCCUUUUAAAGUCCUGUAAGCUUAUAUCAAACCUGAUACUAGAUCAGAUCAUUGACUCAAAUCUUAACAAACGUGCAAAAACUUGCCGCAUAAACUGUGCUCGACUUCAUGAAAUUAGAUAUAAAAAAAACAAACAUCAAAUACAAUAAUUACUCAGGCUUACCAUUCGAGAUUCAGUUCCUGAAAGAUAUCAAGGAAGGCCAUAGUUGCUUGAGACUUUUAAACCCUCUUACGCAUUGAGCAAGGUGAAAGACGAAAACGAUGCCAUCCGAAAUCGGAUUACCCAAUUUUAACAAGCGACGCAUUUCUCAACCAAAAACCCAAUAAACAAACCAGCCAUGGAUAACAGAAGACUCUUGAUAGCAGCUGUAUUUCAUUUUGUACAUCCAGUGGAAAAAGACAGUUAAAAACAUCACAAGUUGACACAAAACUCUGUCAAAGUAAACAACUUUCAAGAUGCUGCAUAAAUUUUCCGCAUGAACUCACCUGUCAAAUUUUGACCAAUCAGAGUACAAAAAUUGGACGUAGAGCGUGACCAACGCGUGACCAUGGUAAGAAAAGGUCUUCCCCGCCUUUAUUUUUAAAAAAGUGGCUGAAUUUUCGCGUCCGAGGUGAGUUUGAAAUCAAAAUCUUGACAGUGCGGGGCCAUAGUGACAUAAACAAAACAUAUUUCAUAUGAAUCAUUGGAAAAAAUAGACUUGAGCCUGCGAUUAUUUGAAACUGGUAAUUUGUCAGCGGAUAACUUCAAAAAAGUACUCGACCUCGAUGGGUCGACACUUGAGCCCGCGGUACGGUCAGGUGACACUGGUCAGCGGAUAUCCUGUUUUGACAGCUGUCAAUUGAUCACAACAUUGAUGUGCAAUUAGUUUUCUAUUGGGUUCCCAAACUAGCUAGAAAGUGUGAGAGAAAACAUUGGUUUCCCUGUGGUGCGGACGGACGGUCGGGCGUACGGUCACGUGAUUACCAAAUUUUCUCGGAUGGGUAGAUUACCACAUUUCCUUAGCUAUGGAGCUCCGUCCACACGCGCGCGCUUCGCGCGCGGGUGGAGCUCCGCUAAAACACCACCGUGUAUCUCCCUCGAAAACCAUAUCCGAUUUCAGACCAAAAUGGGCAAAGUCUAUAACCGUUUUCAAACUAAAACGGCGCAAAAACCAUACCAAUUUCUUUCUAAAGGACAAUAAUUCUUUCUAGAAUAAUUUGAAUAAUCACUCGUGGUUUCCCCAUUUUUCCUCAGUUCUUCAAUCUGUCUUGCUAACUUAUAGUGAAGAUCCUCUCUGGGUCAUGGUCAUAUACCUUUAGAUUUUCACUGCUUCCAGGUUCUUGACCCUGAGAAAGCAAAUUUUGUAUGAAAACAGGUGUCUAAUCCACUAUGUAAACUUCUAGUUGAAAAUAACUUAGGAGAGAACAGCAUAAAUAGCUGAUCGAUCGCGUAAAGUCGGAUGAUGUAUACUAGCUUUUUUUAACAGUCUCUUCUUAUUACCAUUAUAAUUUAUACGGGGGCAUUUUAACCAAAAAUUUGAACAUUUUUCUAUCUCUUCUUCACUAAAGCCAGCACCAGGAACGUCGCCUGGAAUACCAUCGACUUGAUCGUCCGCCGUGUUAGUUAUUUUAAAUUUGCCGCAAGGGCAAAAGGCUCACUUCCAUGCAACUUCCUGUUUUUUUUUCUAACUUGCGAUCAGCAGCUUAGUUUUUUUUCUGGAAUCGGAAAAUUAUAGAAUUUCUUUGUUUUUUGGGGCUCCAUUUUCGCCAAAGAAAUCUCUCCUGCAAGAGCCAAACAUGUACGCGAACAGUCAAGUUUGCGGGUAAACUUCGUCGUAUAAGAAGAUCUCGAAAGCAACGCGAUAAAUACUGGCCUCUUGCUGGGCACAAAAAUAUUUUUGUGCCAAAUCACAGACUGAGGGCCACUAGUUCAUCAGUUUUACUGUCAUCUGUCGUGUUUAUUCUAUUAGUUCUAAAUAUUUUAAUUACGAUUGAGGGCUACUAGUUCAUUAGUUUUUACUGUCAUGUGUUACCCUCAUUAAAUAAAGUUGUUACUUACUUACUUACAUUCGAAUAAGACCUAACACUGGUUCGUCAAGGGUAGCAUCCCAGGGGCUCUCUCGCCCGACCUUGAACACUUUUUCCGCGGUUCCUUCUUGGUUUUGACUCAACUGACCGCCCCUGGGUCCACGAGGAUUUUUUUACCAAAGAAAUAAUAAUAAUUUUAAAAGUAAUAACGAUCAUAAUUAAUGUUGCGUUGUUUGUGAAUUUUCCUAGUGUAGCUAUUCUUCACAUGGGUUUUCAUAACAAAGAAAGACAUCUUAAACUACAGAACAAUUUUUUAUGCAGAGUAAACGCAGGCGCCUAAUGCCCUCUAAAAUAUUCGUUUCAGUCACGGAACAGACUCUUAAGAACAUCGUAAGAAGGCAGUCAAUAGGCCCUUUUGCAGCUUGCCAUUCACGUAGUACAAAACCCCCGUGCUGGAGAGCAAAAGUCGCACUGGGACAAGACAAACAAAGGAAAUUACCAUUUAAAAUUAUGAUGCCUUUUGUUUGACAUGUCCCAGUGGUCUCCAGCAGGGCGGUUUUGUACCACGUGAAUGGCUAGCUGCAGGGCCUAUUGUCUGUGACUUGUUCACAGUAUAAUCUCGAUAAUUUAAAAAACGUUAUUUCAUACACAAACCAAAAAAAGGUUCUGCGCAUCCCAAAAUUAUUAACUCCUUCCUUUCCGCAUUUGGUUUUGAUCUAAUUCCUUCUUUCUACUUACGCUCGGUCCAUCUAUAUUGCAUGCAGUCUGUCCCAAUAUGGCAACCCUGAAUGAGACAUCAGGAAUUCUUACCAGUCCUUACUAUCCAAGGCGUUACCCUUCGAACGUGAAAUGCAGCUGGAAAAUUAUAGCAAGUAAAGGAGAACGCAUUUUGCUGUUCAUUGAAGACAUUCAUAUCGAGGGCUGUGGUUCAUCUUGCACGUGUGGCUACCUGAAAAUACAAAAUGGCUCAUCCUCCGAUGGCAUUUCAAGCAGGCGAAGAUGUAGUUACUAUAAAGACCGUGGAAUAGUAUACCAUUCGGUAAAAGAUGUCCUGACGGUGACGUUUGUUUCUGAUAGUGGUACUUACCGGCGGUACCGUGGAUUUAAGGCAACUUACAUCAAAGUGAAAUAUAAUGCAACAAACACAGGUAAGUUAUAUAAAAAUUGGCUUUAGCAAAGUUAAAGUUAAAGUUAACGCGAAGUUAAAGGUUUAUGGGCAGGUGAUCAGGUGAUCAACUUUCAGCAAGUUAGAUACUUGAAAACAUUAUUGUCUUAUAACAGGCUUACAGCAACUGUAACACUCAAAUACUUUACACAGUAAAACAACACAAACCAAAAUUAAUGUUGAUGAAAUGCCAACAAUUUUCAUUCUUCCCAUGAUGUUGAAAGACUUUUGUUACGAAUCUCCUAUUCUUUAU